ACAGAAAAUAUAGCGACCAAUCAAAGAAAGACACGAAACAGAGUGUUUUAAAAACAGAGGAAAGCGAAAGAGAUAAGCCGUUUUAGACAAAAAAAUCUAGUGGCACACUGAAAAAAACAAUGAACACUGCGCUUGCUACUACCACCGCCACAACAACUCCCGUGCUCCGCCGUGCGACGCCUCUUCUUCAUCGUUGUUCUCUCACAAUAAAGACUCCGGUUAUCCGAUUCAACGGAGUUAGAUUCGGAUCCUGCGUGCAAACAGUCAGCAAGAAGUUCUUGAAAAUCUCGGUGGCGAGCUCUCAGAGCACUUCAGCGGAGGUCAAUGUCGCGGCGGAUGCGUCGGUUCCGAAAGAGAUGAAGGCGUGGGUGUACGGUGAGUACGGCGGAGUUGAUGUUCUGAAGCUUGAGAGUAACAUUGCUGUGCCGGAGAUUAGCGAAGAUCAGGUUCUGAUUAAGGUUGUUGCCGCGGCUCUUAAUCCCGUUGACGCUAAGCGACGGCAAGGGAAAUUUAAAGCCACUGAUUCGCCUCUUCCGACUGUUCCGGGAUACGACGUUUCCGGAGUAGUGGUGAAGGUUGGGAGUGCGGUGAAAGAUUUCAAAGAAGGCGACGAAGUAUACGGAGACGUGAGCGAGAAAGCAUUAGAAGGUCCUAAGCAAUUUGGUUCUUUAGCAGAAUACACGGCCGUGGAAGAGAAGUUAUUAGGGCUAAAACCUAAAAACAUCGAUUUCGUGCAAGCCGCGGGGCUUCCUUUGGCGAUAGAAACCGCCGAUGAAGGUCUUGUUAGGACUGAGUUCUCCGCCGGGAAGUCUAUUCUUGUUCUUAAUGGUGCCGGAGGAGUAGGGAGCCUUGUGAUUCAGUUGGCUAAGCAUGUGUAUGGAGCUUCGAAAGUGGCUGCAACAGCGAGUACAGGGAAGCUGGAGCUAGUGAAAAGCUUAGGUGCUGAUUUAGCUAUUGAUUACACAAAGGAGAACAUAGAAGACUUGCCUGACAAGUACGAUGUUGUUUUUGACGCCAUUGGGAUGUGUGAUAAGGCAGUGAAGGUGAUUAAGGAAGGAGGGAAAGUUGUGGCCUUGACCGGAGCUGUCACGCCGCCUGGUUUUAGAUUUGUUGUGACAUCUAACGGUGAAGUUUUGAAGAAACUAAACCCAUACAUUGAGAGUGGGAAGGUGAAGCCUGUGGUUGAUCCCAAAGGACCGUUCCCAUUCUCACGCGUUGCUGAAGCUUUUACAUACUUAGAAACGAACCAUGCCACAGGGAAGGUCGUUGUUUAUCCCAUUUCUUGAAGGGUCAGCUUAAGUGUAGCCUUAUCUAUGUGUAUAAGCUAAGAAAGUGUCAAAAGUGUUAUAUUCUCUAUGUAUCAAUGAGGAUGGAAAUAAAAGAGUGCUCUUUAGAAGCCUUA